AUAUAUUCAGAAGAUUUGGAAUUAAUUUAUUUUGAUGUUAUCUAAAGGUAAAUACAUUGCAUUUUGGUAUUAAUUUCAGCCUCGAGGUGAUGUUCCAUUACGGAAACAAAAUGCUUCAGAGAAUGCACAUUGCAACACUAUGCAGAGACAAUGUGGUAGGUCCUGAAGUCAUUAAUGCUUGGGCAAUGUAUUUGAAUAGCAAUGAGGAGCUCAAGGCAGAUACAUCGCCAACACGAUUCUUUGCGUCCGUUGAAAUUUGCUCGGAAUCGAUUGUGCAACCACCAAGUAGUUGGACCUUCAAUAGAUGCCGAGAAAUAUUUUUUAGGCUUCUAUCGGAUGAACUAACUAGGCCGCAGCCAUUAUCUGUAGCAGCCAUAGAUUUGUUCUUUUUCCCUGUGUUUAGAGUUAUGAAUUUUUUUGUGGUGUGCUUGGACCUUAAAAAAGAGAAGGUGUACGUGUUAGACAGUCGGAAUGAGGCGCAAAGUCAUUGCCGAACUGAAAAAUAUAUGUCAGCAGUUGAUGAUGUGAAGCAAAUGCUUGGAGACUACUUUGGCUCUUUGGGUCAUGUGCACAAGAGCACCAUUGCCAAACGCGCAAAGAUGAUGAUACCACCGUUGAAAUGGGGGGACUCGAAGAACAUAAAUGACUCAGGCGUAUAUAUGAUGCGACACAUGGAGACGUUUAUGGGUGAGUCUCCAGCCUUAUAGGGUUGCAGCCUGGCACCGAAACUAAAGAAGCAACUUAACCUCUUGCGUAUGAGGUAUUGUGCAGCCCUUCUUGGUUGGGAAAAAAACAGUGUCAAAAAUACGAUUGAAGUGGGAGCUAAUGCGUACUACGACGAGGUCUUUAAUAACCCCGCAAUAAAUAUCGAUGCUACUUUGUUAGGAUGAAGUUCGUCAACUGAAAUAAUUUAUUGGUUUUUGUGUUGGUUGAUACUUUCUGGAUAAUUCAGUUUGAUUUAUACGUUAGACCUUCUUUUUGGGACACUUUCGAACAUUUAUUAUGAUGUUGAUUGGAUUAAUUCCACGUUUUUUCAGUUUUUCA